GGGUCCGCGAUGGGACGCUGCACCCGUGGGGUGAGGGGCUUUAACCCCGCGUCCAGGCUGAAGCCCCAGCUCGUGGGCGAGCCGGCUGGGGACGGCGGGAGGCUUUGCCUGAAGCGACAGGUGCGGCUGGCUGGACCGCCUCCUUCCGGGCGCCGGGCGGCACCCGCCCUCGCCACUUUCCCGGCUGUCCUGACCGGGACAACGGCCACCUUGGGGCGGAAGCCAGAGUGGACUUUCCAGAGAAGGCGAAGUCGGGAGGCGCACUGGUGUGAAAACCCCAAAUGUCGUCAAGUGAUGGAAGGUCCAGAAUUCGGGACAGGGGCUACAGUGAGGUUCCAGGGGACAUGCCUGGUCCAGAUGGUACCCUAAGAACCCUCCAGACCCUUCAGAGCAGUGAGCUGGCUCUGAGCGCAGAUCCGCUGCCGCCUCCCCCUCUCCCAUUACAGCCACCAUUCGGCCCGAGCUUCUCCUCAGAUGACACAGAGGAACCAGCCAUAGCACCAGACCUCAAGCCGGUAAGGCGCUUUGUCCCCGACUCCUGGAAGAACUUCUUCAGAGGGAAGAAAAAGGAUCCAGAAUGGGAUAAGCCGGUGUCUGAUAUCAGAUACAUCUCGGAUGGUGUGGAGUGCUCACCUCCGGCCUCUCCAGGGAGACCAAACCACUUCCCACCCAGUUCUUACAAAGAUCCUUCCGGAGGGUCGGAAGGUGCCUUCAGCUCCCAGCGGGGGGCAGAUGCCAUGUUUCCCCAGGACCCCUACGCAUCCCUAGAUCGGCGCACACAGACGGCGCGGACCUACAGCGAGAAGGUGGAGGAGUACAAUCUGCGGUAUGCCUACAUGAAGUCGUGGGCAGGCCUGCUGAGAAUUCUGGGUGUGGUCGAACUGCUUCUGGGGGCCGGUGUCUUCGCCUGUGUCACGGCUUACAUCCACAAGGACAACGAGUGGUACAACUUGUUUGGAUAUACACAGCCCUAUGGCACGGCAGGUCUGGGCAGCACCUAUGGGGGUUAUUACUACAGUGGCCCCAAGACCCCUUUCGUGCUCGUGGUGGCCGGAUUGGCUUGGAUCGCCACUAUUAUUAUUCUGGUGCUGGGCAUGUCCAUGUACUACCGCACCAUUCUUUUGGACUCUAACUGGUGGCCCCUGACGGAGUUUGGCGUGAACGUCGCCUUGUUUAUCCUGUACAUGGCCGCAGCCAUCGUCUACGUGAAUGACACCAACAGAGGUGGCCUGUGCUACUAUCCAUUAUUUAACACGCCGAUGAAUGCGGUGUUCUGCCGGGUAGAAGGAGGUCAGAUCGCUGCCAUGAUCUUCCUGUUUGUCACCAUGAUAGUGUAUCUCCUCAGCGCCCUGGUCUGUCUAAAGCUCUGGAGGCACGAGGCAGCCCGGAGGCACCGGGAAUUCAUGGAGCAGCAGGAGAUAAAUGACCCAUCAUUGUCAUCAAAAAGGAGAAUGUGCGAAGUGGCCACCAGUGACAGACAGAGAGACCAAGACGUUAAUUUCAAAGAGUCGAGAAUAGUGAAACCGACCCCUGAGCUUCAAAGCGGGCACAUCCCUCCAGGCUACAUUCCCAAGCCCAUUGUGAUGCCUGACUAUGUGGCAAAAUACCCUGUGAUUCGGACGGAUGAUGAUCGAGAACGUUACAAAGCUGUGUUCCAAGACCAGUUCUCAGAGUACAAAGAGCUGUCUGCGGAAGUGCAGGCCAUCCUGAGGAAGUUCGAGGAGCUGGACGCGGUGAUGAGCAGGCUGCCACGUCACGCUGAAAACCCCCAGGAACACGAGAGAAUUUCAAGAAUCCAUGAAGAGUUUAGGAAGAAAAAGAAUGACCCUUCAUUUCUGGAAAAGAAGGAGCGUUGUGAUUACCUCAAGAACAAACUUUCUCACAUAAAGCAAAGAAUUCAGGAGUAUGAUAAAGUAAUGAACUGGGAUACACAGGGAUAUUCUUAGCCCGUUUCAAACUGUCUUUUAUAGCCAACCAUUUCUUCACUGCCUUUAUAUGCUGGUCUCAUGGGUGAGAAGCCGGCUCUUCCGGGUCAGCUUCUGCUUGGUUUAACAUCCGAGGUUGAACGCUGUGAUCUUACUCAAACAUUUCAAACCCACCUGGAGCCUUUCCUGAGACUGGAGAGACCGUGUAUUCACCUGGUUCCAGUUUCAUGUUUUUCUCAUUAAAAUGUGUUGUCGUUUUAGAUAUCCGUCCCUGGGGAGGGGCGAGCUCAGGACCCCCAGUUCUGAUCUUGCUUUUUCCUUCAUUCAGGCUGCUUCCUUCAGUUUCUCUAGGAAUCUCUCUUCGUAAAAGAAGUUCUUAGGAGAUUCUUCCUAGGGAAGUCACGAGGACUUGAAGACAAGAUCGGUUGUCACACAUUGUGAUCUUGGGCAACUUGAUUAAGCCUGUGUGCCCUUUGCUCCUGUAAGAUGGGAGUAGGAUGGUACCUACCUCAUAGGGCAGUCAGAGCCUGCCACAGUGUAAGCAGCGCGUCCGUCCGUGUGGGAGUGCUGCGGGCCUGUUGCUGAAUGGGUGAGCUACUUAGGAUGAGUCUCAAGGAACAGUCUUUUUUUUUUUUUUUUUUUUUUUGGUUUUUCAAGACAGGGUUUCUCUGUGGCUUUGGAGCCUGUCCUGGAACUAGCUCUUGUAGACCAGGCUGGUCUCGAACUCACAGAGAUCCGCCUGNCUGUGGCU